AUGAAGGAGUUCCAUCUUUUGUGUCUGCUCAUCUUUGGUGGUCGAAGCUCAUUGGCGUGCCCCCAACAUUGCACCUGUCAAGGCAGUCAGGUGGACUGCAGCGCCAGGUCUCUUGUCUCUGCGCAGCUUCCCAGCGUCUUCCCCGCUUACACUGCCGAGCUGCGCCUCCAUAACAACCGGCUGACCACCCUCCCCAACGGUCUCCUGGACCAUCUCCCCGCCCUGCGCCAGGUCUCCCUGCACAGCAAUCCGUGGGCAUGCGACUGCGGGGUCCUCUACCUGCGGGCCUGGCUGAGGCGUCAACCUGCUGGAAGUCAACCCCAUGUCAACUGCAGCUCCCCUCCGCGCCUCAGAGGGAGGCUGGUGGAGUAUUUGACAGAGGAAGAGGUGCUGGACUCUUGCCACUACUGGUACUGUGACCUAGCUAUGAUUUCACAGGCGUUUCUCUUUGUCUUCGUCCUGGUGCAAGUGGCGCUGCUGGCCGCUGUGAUCGUGUUCCUAAAGAAGUUCGAGAGGCUCUCCAAGGAAGCCAAGAGGACCGAAGAGGAGAGCCUCACAGCCGGGGAGGCUAAUAGAAAAUCAGUGCAUUUGCCUUUAAAUGAGUGGAGUAGCUAA